AUAUAUAUAUAUAAAUGGAUUAAGUAAUUUAUCCCAUGUAUUGAUGUGAAGUGAAAUUUCCUAACGUCCCGUGUUGUUAUAAACAGUGCCCGCGUUCUACACUACGCCGUUUUUUUUAUUCUUGCAAAAGUUAAUUGAAAAACCGCCAAAAUUCUUACCGCAGCUAAUAUGAAUUCGUAUUUCGAACCGGCUUCCGGCUUUUACGGCCAUCCGCAUCAAGCCACGGGCAUGGCUAUGGGUUCAGGCGGGCAUCACGAUCAGUCGGCCACCGCCGCUGCAGCGGCCUAUAGGGGAUUUCCCUUAUCGCUGGGCAUGUCGCCGUAUGCUAAUCACCACCUACAACGCUCCACUCAAGAUUCACCGUAUGACGCUAGCAUUACGGCUGCCUGCAAUAAAAUCUACGCAGAUGGCGGUGCUUAUAAGCAAGAUUGUCUUAAUAUUAAAGCUGAUUCUGUUAAUGGUUACAAAGACAUUUGGAACACGAGCUCAAAUGGAGGAGCUGGCGGUGGCGGCGGCACUGGUGGCGGCGGCGGAGGUUCGGGUGGUUCGGCGAAUGGUUCAAAUAAUGCCGCCAAUGGCGGUCAAAAUAACACAGCUGGCGGUAUGCCCGUAAGGCCUUCGGCCUGUACACCAGAUUCGCGGGUAGGCGGUUAUUUAGAUACUUCCGGCGGUAGCCCAGUGAGUCAUCGCGGUGGCAGUGCUGGCGGUGCCGGAGCUGGUGUUGCUCAAAGCGGUAAUGUCGGAGUUGGAGCGGCCGCAGGCGGUGCGGCCACAGCAUGGAACGCGAAUUGCACAAUAUCGGGAGCCGCAGCUCAAACGGCAGCCGCCAGCAGUUUACAUCAGGCCAGUAAUCAUACAUUCUACCCCUGGAUGGCUAUCGCAGGUGAGUCGAAAUAUGGUAAGAUAAGAUCUGAUUUAACACAAUACGGCGGCAUAUCAACAGACAUGGGUAAGAGAUACUCAGAAUCUCUUGCGGGCUCUCUUCUACCAGACUGGUUAGGAACCAAUGGUUUACGAAGACGUGGUCGCCAAACAUAUACCCGCUAUCAGACGCUUGAAUUGGAGAAAGAAUUCCACACCAAUCAUUAUUUAACCCGCCGGCGAAGAAUCGAAAUGGCUCAUGCCCUCUGCCUGACGGAGAGACAGAUAAAAAUAUGGUUCCAAAAUCGACGAAUGAAAUUGAAAAAAGAGAUACAAGCCAUCAAAGAGUUAAACGAACAAGAGAAACAGGCGCAAGCGCAGAAAGCGGCAGCAGCGGCGGCGGCGGCAGCGCAAGGGCAACAUUUAGGGGAAUAAAAUUAGGACAAAUUUGC